AUGGCGAAUCAAUCCACACACGCGAUCCCGCAAGGGAACAUGCAGCUCCUCCAGAAUCAGAGGAAGCUACCAAAGGGCAGCCCAAAGAUGGCGCCCAUGUCUUCGAAGCAGACCAAGACCAACAUGAAGACGAUCGCUCACGGCCCGCGCACCGGAGAUGCAGUCUCUGAUGACAGCGACGAUGGCGAUGACGAAGGGGAGAGUAGUACUGAUGACGAUGAUGAAGACGACGACCCAGAUGACUUUGCCCUGUCAGGCGCAGCACGCAUUGGAAACGGUGCUGCAUCGCAUCUGGCAGGGCUUUCGGAUGAAGACAUGUUUGACGACCAAGCAAUUGCAGGCGCCCACCCAAUUGAUGAAGAAGACUACGCCGGCAUCGACGCUAUCAGUGACGCCGAUGAGUCUGGUGCAGACGACCACGAGAAGAAGAUCCUGCGCUCCGCCGAGAAGGACUUGAUCGCAGAGUUCGAACGCACGGAGAGGCCGCGGACUGCGACUGCUAUCACGAACGAAAUUAGUGAUCUCUCUCUCGUCGGAGGUCUCGCUGCUCUGGAACGUCGAACGAGCGUGCAGAGCGAAGACAGUUCGAUAUUCGAUGAUCUGAACCUGGACUUCAACCAGGACCCGUUCCAAGGACUGUCAUCUGGCGAUCGAUUGUAUCGGGAGAUGAUGACCGAUGCUGAAGGUCUCUUGAAUGGAGACAUGUCCCUUUGGCGUACGGAACACGUGAGUCGCGAGAAUAGCGCACCUUCGAGCGUGACGCAGAAGAGAGUCCGCUUCGACGACCGCGCCUCAUCGCGCACUUCAAGCAUGAGUAGCAACGACGACGACGCAAUCAACCACUUCCCAGAUCUCUUCGACGGCAGCGACGAUCCCCUUCUGCGGCAAUACACAUUCAUGACGGAUGCUGCAGACGCCAUUCAAGACAACGAGUCUGUAUACGACUUUGAGGACGAGUUCGAACGUCAAGCUUUCGAAAUCGAUGAAGAAGAAAGCGACUCGCACAGCAACGAGAGCGACUUCUCCUCCGAUUCAGACGAUGGCGAUACGACUGACGAAGAAGAUCCCGAGGUGUUCGUCGCUCGAGUCAAGGCCAUGAGAAAUGCGAGUGAAAAUGCAAGCACUCCAGCCAGCACUCCCAGCAGCGAACCAAGCACGCCCGUUCCGAGCAAGCGACCUACAACCUUGGCCCGCGCAAAGACUACGAACGGCCGUCUCAGCACGCCAAAGACGAACGAUGGCCGUCCCAAGAUGGGCACUUUCAUGCGUGACCCCACCAAGGCACGCAUCGAGAUCGAUGUCCAAGGCAGCGGCGUCAAGGUCGAAUGCCCUCCAAACCCUCCUGAAGGCGAGCGUGCCCACUGGGAACGCGCACGCAAGGCUGUUGGUAGCCGCGAUGGUAGUCCCAACGGCACCUAUACCUGCGUCCGCUCUACACCUCGGACUGCCUCCGUGAUUCCAAAGCGGCCGUUGACAGCCAGAUCCACGCUCGGGACCAUGUUCGAUGGAAACUUGGACUUCCUUCGCAAUAACGAUGAGUGGGGAAUCGCCGAGGACAUCGUCAUGGCUGCCCGUAAUAACGCAACACGGGCUUCCUUCACAUCCACGAACACGACUGGCGACUCUGCCGCUGAUGUUGAGACCGAUGUCAACAUGGCAGACUUUGUUCAGAUGGACGACUCUGAUUCGGAGAUGGAAGAGCCGCAGUCCGCAGCAAGUGUGAUGUCGCCAACCAGCGAAGCCUUUGACGAGCUCAUAUCGACGCCUCAGAACGGCAACGACGGCGAUCUGCUGUGUCAUUUCGAUCAACGCCGUGGUGUCAUCUCUUCAUUCCGCAACAACCAAACCCGUGCUCGUCACGUGAGCUCCCUCGCGGCGAAUCCUGCCAAGCGUGCCCAGACAUCGGAGGCGAAUGCUCUUCAGAAGGGCAGACGUGCUGCGGCCAACACUCCAAUGACUCCAGCUCGCAAGAACCGCGCCAGCCAGGACAUCACCGGUGCGGGCAUCAAGAAGGUCGCCAGCCCACUCAUGCAGAAGCAUCGCCGCAGCCGUGGCAGCUCGCUGUCAGGCAUUCAGCAGACUCUGGCUCUGGAUCGUUUUGGAAGCAAGCCCCACUAG